CAUGCUUUGAAUUGCCACCGGAUGAAACCUGCUCUCUUCAGUGUGCUGUGUGAGAUCAAGGAAAAGACAGGUUAAACUGCCCCACGAUCCAACCACCCCAGGGACCCAACUUGUAUUUGUUGGCUGCCUUACCUUUUGCAAAAGCUCGACUGCCACGGAGUUUUGGCUGAGCCCCUCGGCCCUGUGCCAGACUGCUACCGUCUGCCAGCCAGCCUUCCCCAAUCAAAACCAUCCCAGAUCAAAGGAGGACACUCUCGGAAGUUUUCACCUUCGCCACACCGUCGGGAAUGGCUCCAGCUAUUGCUCCCCGGGAAUGCUCAGUGUUGAGUAUUCGCAGCAUUCAGGAAGAGGACCCCCCGGAUGCACAGCUAAUGAGGCUAGAUAACAUGUUGCUGGCAGAAGGCGUCUCUGGGCCUGAGAAAAGAGGAAGAGGAGGACCGGGCGCUGGAGCAGCAACACCAGGUGGCUGUCCAAAUGACAAUAGCAUUGAGCACUCUGACUACAGGGCCAAGCUGUCCCAGAUCCGACAGAUAUACCACUCUGAGCUAGAGAAAUAUGAACAGGCCUGCAGUGAAUUUACUACCCACGUAAUGAAUCUUCUCAGGGAGCAGAGCAGGACAAGACCAAUUUCCCCGAAAGAGAUUGAACGGAUGGUCAGCAUUAUCCAUGGGAAGUUCAGCACCAUCCAGAUGCAGCUGAAGCAGAGCACGUGUGAGGCGGUUAUGAUCCUCCGCUCCCGAUUCCUCGAUGCCCGGCGAAAGCGGCGCAAUUUCAGCAAGCAGGCCACGGAGGUCCUGAACGAAUAUUUCUAUUCCCACCUGAGUAACCCUUACCCCAGUGAGGAAGCCAAAGAGGAGCUAGCCAAGAAGGGCGGCAUCACGGUCUCCCAGGUGUCCAACUGGUUUGGCAACAAGAGGAUCCGGUACAAAAAGAACAUGGGGAAAUUCCAGGAAGAGGCUAACAUCUAUGCUGCUAAAACAGCAGUGGAUGCCACUAGUGUGGCGGCCCAGGGAACUCAGGCCGCCUCCCCGUCCACUCCCAGCUCCGGUUCCUCUGGUUCUUUCAAGAUGACAAAUUCUGGGGAAUCGUUUCUCAACCUGCAGUCCUUGACCCCUUACCAGGGUUCCCCUCAGAUGGAUCCCUUGCAUCACGUAAUCCAUCAGGCAGGCCGAUACGAACCCGUCGUGGGAAAUCCCUUGUAUACUACACAGCGAAUGGACGCAAAUGGCAGCUGGCAGGAUACCACCACCCCUUCAUCAAUCACCUCUCCUGCUGGUGACCCAGGGAGUGUCAACUCGGAUGCAUCCAAUUAAAUUUUUAGGACAUAGUGAUGAGAGGAAAGAGGUCAUUAGUUUCAUUUGUCAUGUUGCUCUCUUGCCAGUAUUCUUGUUUUUACAACUUGACACACAGCUAAUUACCUCAGAAAACCUGGAACCAAUAGAAGAUUGUGACUCUACCUCUCAGCAUGACCCAGGGGAAUUCCCUUUUUACUUAGGUGCAUUAGGGUGGGAAAUCGUUUUGAGUAUCUGGUCCAUAUUCAUAACCAAAUCCAUUUUUUAAAAAAUCCAUUUAUAUCCAUUUUGGGGUGAGAAUCUGAAGAAUUUCUUCACAGACUUUUCCCCAAUUUCAAAAGUUCCCUUAUUUUGAUUUCCAUGUUGUUGUUUUUGAAACUAGGAAAUUUUUGUUCUAAGUGAUAGUUACUGACAAUUUAACCCCUUGUAUUGUAAUUGUACAUGUUAUCUGUAUGUAAUUUUGUAUAGGAAAAUAUAUAGUUGUCCUUCGUACUCGAAGAAGACACCACUAACGGUGAAAUUCACCUAUAGGAAAGCAACCUCUUCUUUUCACUCAGACUCAUUCUGCCAGUCCAGAUCUAAUAAGCAGAUAAAAAAAUUGCUUUACCAAAACUUUCACUGGACUUGGAUCUAAAAUAGAAAUUUACAUCUUGUGUCCUUUCAUGUAGUUCUAAUUUAAUGUCUAUUGUAAACUCAGACUUUCUUGUGAAUAAGUUUCUGUGCAUUUCUGG